AUGAGUCGUUAUUCAGGACCUCCUUCAUCAUCUCAAGGACAGCCAUUGUCUUCGGUAGGUGUUUAUCCACCAUCGGGUAUGCCAGGUCAUAUGCCAAGUCCACAAACUGUACCACCAUAUAAUGUUGCUGUUGCUUCACCAUCACAAUAUGUUCAACAAACAGGUCCUUCACCAAAUCAAGUUCAUUAUGGUCAUCCAUCGCCUCAACAACCAAUGAUGACAGCUCCUGGUUAUGGACAAUCUAUGAUGCAUGGUAUUAUGCCACCUCAAGCAGUCAUACCACAACCUCAGCCACAACAACAACCUCAACCCCCACCACCUCAACAACAACAAACACAACCACAACAUUCAGCUCAACAACAGGAUGAUUUAGCAAUUAAAGUUAAACGAUCAUUUAGUAAUUUUGAUACUAGUCUUAAGACAUUUCUACAUGAAUAUUCAUCUAUAUUACAAAUGGAUGAUACACGAUUAAAUUCACAAACACCUGAUCUUCUUGCACAAACUUCUCAAAAUCUUGUACGACGUUAUGAAGCAUUACUUGUUGCACUUGAUUUAUUUGAAUCAAAUAUACGUAUGUUACAAGAUUAUUCAUCAACACAAAAUAAUUUUCGUCGUUUUAUGCCAUCAGCACAAAUAGUUGCUGAAUCAAGUUCACAUUCUGGUCAUCAACCAGUACAAAUCUCACCACAUAUUGGUCGACCUGUUGAUCCAGUACAAUAUCAAUUUUUAUUAAGUAAAAUGCAAACACAAAUUGAAUCAUUUAAUGCAUUACAUGAAUUAGGAAAAAAAUUUCUUGAAACAUCAUCAACAAAUAUCAAUAAUACAAAUGUAUCAACUAAACAAUAG